ACUCUCUCUCUCCCUCUUGUUGCUCGUACAUUAUCCCUACUUCAUCUUCGUUGAGAAUCGCUGCCAAUUGCAAAUACAGCAAGAAUUCAUUGAUUCUAUAAUAACCUCAAUGUGUAUCUGAUCCGAUCUGAGCUUCUACAAUGGGACACCUGAAUUUGCCUCCUUCGAAACGAAUUGCUCGGCAGUGGAGGCUUCUCGAUCUGGUCUCUGCUGCCUUCUUCGGUGCCGUUUUGGUUUUCUUCAUACUUGUAUUUACCCCACUUGGUGACUCCCUUGCUGCUUCGGGACGACAGGCGCUUGUGCUUUCUACCGGUGAUCCUCGUCAGAGACAGAAGCUGGUUGCCUUGGUUGAGUCUGGGCUGCAGCAGACCAUCGAGGCUUGCCCUUCCGAAGCGGUAGAUCAUAUGCCAUGUGAGGAUCCCAGGAGGAACAGCCAACUCAGCCGAGACAUGAAUUUCUACCGAGAGCGCCACUGCCCCUUGCCCGAGGAGACUCCAGUGUGCUUGAUACCUCCACCCGCAGGCUACCAGAUCUCUGUCCAGUGGCCAGAGAGCUUACACAAGAUAUGGCACAGCAAUAUGCCACACAAUAAAAUUGCCGACAGGAAGGGCCAUCAGGGCUGGAUGAAAGAAGACGGUCCAUACUUUGUUUUUCCUGGUGGUGGAACAAUGUUUCCUGAUGGGGCCAUACAAUACAUUGAGAAACUUGGGCAGUACAUUCCUAUAAGUGGAGGAGUUUUGAGGACAGCCCUAGAUAUGGGGUGUGGGGUUGCAAGCUUCGGGGGUUACCUUCUCAAGGAAGAUAUUUUAACCCUGUCAUUUGCUCCAAGAGAUUCACAUAAAUCACAGAUACAAUUUGCUUUAGAAAGGGGAAUCCCGGCAUUUGUUCUAAUGCUUGGUACUCGUAGAUUGCCUUUUCCUGCGCAUUCCUUUGAUUUGAUGCAUUGCUCUCGUUGUUUGAUCCCAUUUACUGCCUAUAAUGGGACAUAUUUUAUGGAAGUGGAUCGGCUUCUUCGACCAGGUGGAUAUUUUGUUGUCUCUGGUCCCCCUGUACAAUGGCCUAAACAAGAUAAAGAAUGGGCGGACCUGCAGGCCCUAGCAAGAACCUUGUGUUAUGAGUUGAUUGUUGUGGACGGGAAUACUGUCAUCUGGAAAAAGCCUUCAACUGAUUCAUGUGUCCCAAUCCAAAAUGAAUUUGGGCUUGAAUUUUGCGAUGACUCGGAUGACCCAAGCGAUGCAUGGUACUUCAAAUUGAAGAAUUGUGUAAGUAAGAUGGCCUCCCUCAAGGGCAAACAUGCUGUUGGGACCAUUCCCAACUGGCCAGAUAGGCUAACUAAGCCUCCUUCAAGGGCUAGAUUAAUGAAAAAUGGGAAUGAAGUGUUUGAAGCAGAUACACGACGUUGGGCAAGAAGGGUUGCAUAUUACAAAAAGUCACUCAACUUGAAGCUUGGGACCCCAGCUGUACGCAACAUUAUAGACAUGAAUGCCCUUUUUGGGGGUCUUGCAGCUGCAUUAUUAUCUGAUCCAGUAUGGGUGAUGAACGUUGUUCCUCCUCGAAAGUCAUCAACUUUGGGUGUGAUUUAUGACAGAGGAUUAAUAGGAGUCUACCAUGAUUGGUGUGAGCCUUUUUCAACAUAUCCUCGAACUUAUGAUUUCAUACAUGUAUCCAAUAUCGACUCACUUAUAAGACAUUCUGGUUCCAGCAAAAACAGGUGCAAUCUUGUAGAUCUAAUGGUGGAGAUUGACCGGAUGUUGCGCCCAGAAGGAACAGUUCUUGUUCGGGAUUCUCCUGAAGUCAUUGACAAGGUGGCUCGCAUUGCACAUGCAGUAAGAUGGAGAACCACUAUUCAUGAACCAGAACCAGAAUCGACAGGAAGGGAUAAGAUUCUUGUAGCAACCAAGACAUUCUGGAAUCUACCUUCAGCCUCUUAAUCUACAGUGUACGAGUAUCUUCUUUUUCUUUAAAAAAAAAUUCUCCCUUCUGGGAGUCCAAGAAGUUAAAUGUUUAUGCAUUAAAGAAAAUGCAGCUUGUCUUUUUGUUCUUCUUUUGUAAGUUAUGGUUUAUUUCUGUUAGAGAUGGAAGGGGGAAGAAGAAUUUUAGUUGUGAAAUGGAAGGUGGUGAAGGAUUCAAAUGAGGCUUUUAAAACUGUCAGAUAGCAUAUGUUUGUUACAAGGGUAACUUAGUUUUGGAAUCCACUGUAAAAUAGAUUUAAUUGUCCAAGCAAAAAAUUCAAUGAUUCAAUGGCUCUCUCAAUCUAUCCUUUCUCUCCAUUCAAAAU